CACCACCAGUAGGAAAAAUCUCCUGGGCCCAGCAAUGACACCGCCAUCGGCACCGUUACAGUCAACCAAGGUGAUGUUUCCGAUGUCGUCAGAUUCUGUUCCUUCGACAAUGCUUCCUCGAUCAUCGAAUCAAGAUGAGAUAGAUACUAAUGAGAAAGAGGAGGUAUGGAGUGGAUACAAUGGAGAUGAAGAAGAGGUAUCGAGUGGUUCUUCUAAAAAAUAGUGUGAUGAGAUAUGUACUAAUGAAGAUGGAAAGGAGGAAACAGAAAAUUUUGAAGACAGAGUUGAGCAACCAAAGGAGGGAAUGAUAUUCGACACACCAAAUGAUGCCUAUCUAUAUUACUCAAGAUAUGCUAAAGAAAAUGGGUUUGCUGUGGCUAAAAGAAUUAACAAGAAGGGAAGAGAUGGAAACUUGAGGAAUGUUACUUUUCAAUGUUGUCGCGAUGGAAAGGCAAAGGUCAAUACAACCAAUCUGGUCAAACCACGGCCACAAACAAAAAUUGAGUGUCCGGCUCGCCUUAAUUUUGCUAUAUGCCCUGAUGGAAAGUGGAGGUUAAAUCGGGUUGCCUUGGAGCACAAUCAUGAAUAUAGCCCGAGAAAGUCCAAGUUUUACAAAAGCAAUAGGGUUCUUGAUGAACAUGUAAAAAGGAAGCUCUUAUUGAAUGAUAAAGCCGGGAUUCCGUUGUACAAGACUUAUGACUCACUUCAGAUUCAGGCGAGGGGGCAUGAUAACCUUCCAUAUAAUCAGAAGGAUUGUCAAAAUUUUCUGAGUACAGAGCGACAUAAAUUACUUAUUGAAGGAGAUGCUGAGGCGAUGCAUAGUUAUUUUAUGAAGAUGAAAGCCGACAAUUCUGACUUCUUUUUUGCCAUGGAUUUGGAUGAUGAGGGUCGAUUGAGGAAUGUAUUUUGGGCUGAUGCAAGGAGUAGGGCAGCUUGUAAGGAGUUUGGUAAUGUUGUGACAUUUGACACAACAUACUUGGUAAACAAGUAUGAUAUGCCUUUUGCUCCAUUUGUAGGCAUCAAUCAUCAUGGUCAGUGGAUAUUAUUGGGAUGUGGACUCGUAUCUCAUGAAGACACCAAAUCAUUCUCGUGGUAAUUUAAGACUUGGAUGACAUGCAUGUGGGGUUGUGCUCCCAAAGCGAUUAUUACCGAUCAAUGUAUAGCCAUGAAGAAUGCUAUAGAAGACGUAUUUCCUAACACCCGACACCGGUGGUGCAUAUGGCACAUCUUGAAAAAGGUGCCAGAAAAGUUGGAAAAGUACGACGCAUAUAAAUCAAUUUUCACCUUGUUUGCAAAGUGUGAUUUAUGAUUCAAUUACAAAAGAAGAAUUUGAGGAUGCUUGGGAGAUGUUCAUCAAAAAGUACGAACUUCAAGAUAAUGAAUGGUUACAUGGAUUGUACUUAGAGAGGACUCGAUGGGUGCCGGCUUUUGUCAAAGAUGUAUUUUGGGCGGGAAUGUCAUCCACACAGAGAAGUGAGAGUAUGAAUUCUUAUUUUGACGGUUACAUCAAUUCGAAAACGACCUUGAAGCAAUUUGUAGAGUAAUAUGAGAAUGCAUUGGCAAGAAAGGUGGACAAUGAAAAAAAUGAAGAUACAAAAAGUUCGCAAUCUUACAUCCCAUGCAUAAUUGAAGAUGGGAUAGAGAAUCAAUUUCAAAAUGCUUACACGAAUGCGAAGGCGAAAGAGUUUCAAGGUGAAUUUGUUGGGAAACUUAAGUGUUCUUAUGAAAAAUAAAUAAAUGAUGAUGUUUGGUUAGAGUAUGAGGUAAAAGAAUGGGUUACAUAUGGAGAAGAGAAAAGGAGAAAACGUGUGUCAUUUAUCGUUGAUUUUAAUGGUGAGACCAAUGAAGCCAAUUGUAAUUGUCGAUUGUUUGAAUCUAAAGGAAUGAUGUCUAGACAUCAAUUGAUAGUGUUCCAUGAUAGGGGAAUUCAAAGAGUACCUGACAAGUAUGUCUUGAGAAGAUGGAGAAAAGAUGUGAAAAGGGUCCGCACCAAAAUUCGAAUCAACUACGAUAACUCGUCAAGGACAAUUGAAGCACGUCGGUAUGACAACAUGUGCAAUCUCUUUAAUGAGGUUGCUGAUUUGGCAGAAGAUUGUGAAGAGAAGUAAGGUACGGUGAUGGGACGGCUUCGGGAGCUAAAACAAGUGUUGGUUGAAUCUUCGGUUAUUUGUGGAAGUAAUAUGGUUUCUGAUACUCCUAAUGAUCCAUUUUCACUUGGAGAUGAAGUUCUAGCUUCCAAAGAGAGUAAGAUCAUCCUUGACCCAGAACCUCUUCGUCGAAAAGGGAGACCGCCGUCUAAAAGAAAGCAAGGUUUUGUUGAAAAAUUGGUAAGAAGAAAAGAGAACCAAAAAAUAAGACAUUAUCUAAUGAAAAAGCGAAGGUAUAAGUUUAUAUUCAUUUGUUGCUUUUUUUUAUAUACAUAUACCUAUCUUGAAUGCUUAUUAGUUAUAUUCUUUUACUAAUUUCAAGAGGUUGAGGAGAUUGUGGAUACCCAUAUGUUUGGGACAUAAGAGAGUGUUGGAAAUGUAAAUAGUUACCCAUGCUACAUAGGGCAAUUUCUGUGGCCCAACAUGAUGCCGCAUCAUAUGCGACCAACUAUGACACAAGGCGGAGCUAUCCUCCCAUUUUCUCCAAGUAUGGCACAAGGCGGAGCCAUCCUUCCAAAUAUGGCACAAGGUGGAACUGGAGCAGGCUUUGACCAAUUUUUUAACAACUUUCCAACUUCACAAAGCAACAUGCCAAGUUUAUUCAAUAGUGAAGUUUGAAGAGGACAAUCAAGUAUCACGAGUAGUCAAGUUUGGGGAGGAGGACAAUCAAGUUUAAUGGAAAGUCAAGGGCAGGGUUGGAGAGGAGGACAAAUCACUUUUACAGAAAUGUUGAAUGCAAGGGAUAGCAGCAAAACGUAAAAGACUUGCUUGUUGAUGUAGGGAGUUUCUUGUAUUUUGUUAGAAACUAAUUUAUAAUGUAUGCAUUUCAAUUUUUGCUUCA